AUGGAAUCAAGCAUGGAUAUGAGCGUGCAGUCAAUGACCAUGGCUUUCUUUACCGGAACUGACACGCCUCUAUAUUCGGAGUCAUGGACUCCAAAGACUGCCGGCCAAUACGCAGGGACAUGCAUCUUUCUCAUCUUCCUCGCUAUCACCCUUCGUGCGAUUUUCACAGCCAAAUUUCUUCUGGACGCCAAAGCACUGGAGAGCGCUCUGAAGCGAAAAUAUGUCGUCGUUGCGGGCCAGAAGUCAAUGGAGGAACAGGCCUUGAGUGACGCCAGUUCCAUGACGGGGAUCCUCACGACCAACGGUAUACAAGAGAACGUUCGAAUAAUUCAAGCGCCUGUCAGCCACACUCAGCCAUGGAGAUUCAGCGUCGAUCUUCCCAGAGCACUGCUGAUGACGGUUGCUGCGGGGGUUGGUUAUCUUCUCAUGUUGGCAGUCAUGACAUUUAACGUCGGCUACUUCUUGUCUGUUUUGGCAGGUGCGUUUGUUGGAGAAUUGGCUUUUGGCCGAUUCAACCAUGGAGCAAUGGGCAUGUGA